AAUGUCAAUUACAACAGUUUUAAAAUUUGUUAUUGAGUGUCUGACAGUCGAGUUUAUUUAUCUCUAAUGAUUUUAUCUAUAUUUACUUAGUAUGUCUGUCCUGCGUACAUGCGCACAUGUUUUAUAACUCUUUACACCCUAUGCACCGAAUUAAUAAAUAAAUUAAAUUUAUGGUAAUAUAUAACUUUUAUAAGUUGUGGUAUUGAAUUAAAUCACAGAGCUCGUGUAUGGGAUUUUAAAUAAUCUCUGAAUGUAAUCAUAGCCUUUGUAUCUGGACUGUGCGUAUAUUGUUUUUGGAAAAAUGGAAGAAAAUCAUAUCAACAACUUCGCACUAACAUUUCAGAAUAGUAUGUUAAGUUACUGCGGGCAAGACUGUAAAAGAAUACCACCGGCUCUACCCAAAAUGUAUGGUGCUAAAGUGAAAUGUUUAGAUUUAAGUUACAACAGCAUCGAGACCCUGAAAGGCAUAGAGCAGUUCGUCAGGUUAGAAGAGUUGAUACUAGACAACAAUGAGAUAGGCGACGGGCUGGCGUUCCCGCAUCUUCCUCACUUGAAGACAUUGUCUCUCAACAAUAACCAGAUCACUGAUUUGGAGGGUUUAGUUCAAAAGAUAAGCGAACAUUACCCUGCGCUUACAUACCUCAGUCUUUUGAGCAAUAAAGCGUGUCCCAACCAGUUGUCAGACGUUGACAAGGAUGAUUCUGACUACCAGAGAUACAGGUACUUUGUGAUCUACAAACUGCCAACGCUUCGUUUCUUGGACUCGCGGCGCGUGUCGUCGUGCGAGCGGCGCGAGGCGGGCACUCGCGGCGAGUUCAUGCGCGUGCGCCGGCCGGCCGACCCCGCGCCGCCCGCCGACCGCGCCGAGCGCUGUCCCGCGCGGGCCCUGCCGCUCGACCUUAGCGCACUGGGCAAGCACAAAGGCGCCUACGGUAGAUGUCUAUACAAAUACACGGGAAAACAUUCUGAAGGCAAUCGGUUCAUAUUAAACAGUGAUUUGUGACCAGAAGACCAGAAUAAUUGUGCCAUUUACUUGUACCUACAUUCCAAAACUAGUUGUUAAUUGUUAUUAAAAUGUUCAUUAUAGUAUUGAAUAUUCAAAUAAUUAAUUUUAAUUGAUCAUUACGGUGCCAUUACAUUAAUUGUUAAGUAGUUUUAUAGUUAUUUUUAAGUUUGUUGCCGUAGCAAUGCGUCUCGUGUCAACCAUGUUGCGUUUAAAGCAGGCAUUUUAUUUAUUGCCAUGAAUUAAGAAUACGUUAUAUUUUAGUCAUUUUAUAUUGUAUCCAUGUCAUUUCUGUAAACACUAAGAAAACACCGGCCGGCAUAUUAAUAAAAAUAAAAAAUAAUAUCAGCCCUGUAUUACUGUCCCACUGCUGGGCACGACCUCCUCUACUACUGAGAGGGAUUGGGCCUUAGUCCACCACGCUGGCCUAGUACAGAUUGGUAGACAUCACACACCCUCAAAAAUUCCUAAUAGAGAAUUUCUCAGAUAUGCAGGUUUCCUCACGAUGUUUUCCUUCACCGGCAUAUUAAUAUUAUACAAAAUAAUUAGCCUCCUCCAGGCGAUGGGACGUCCUUGAAGAUUUAUUCAAUAUGCAACUCUAGAGGGUAUUUUAUUUUAGUAUAGUUAUAACACCAAAGUUUUUUUAAAUAAUGUUUUUUAGUUGUC